CGGCGGCCCCGGGGCGCCCGGCUCCUCCCCGCCUGUGCGCUGGAGCGCCCGCGGCCGCCGCGCUGAGCUGUGCGGCUCGGGCCGCGCGAGCUGCCGCCUGCGCCCCGAGCGGAGCGCGGCCAUGCCCCGGCCCUAGCGCGCUGCCGCAGCCCGUGCCCGCCGCCGCCUCUUCAAUGGGCAACCUGCUCGGCGGGGUCAGCUUCCGCGAGCCCACCACCGUGGAGGACUGUGACUCCACCUGGCAGACCGACUCGGAGCCCGAGCCCGAGCAGCCGGGGCCGGCGGGCGGUGGCGAGGGCCAGGAGCACGACGAGCCGGGGCAGCCCGAGCAGCCUCCCGAGAGAGGCGGAGGGCGGCCCCGCAGCAGCCCGGUGCCCGAGGACCACGCCGAGGCGGCGGGCGCGGAGCAGGGUGCUGAUUCCACAGAAGCAACUGCUAAACCAAAGAGAAGCUUCUACGCUGCGAGGGAUUUGUACAAGUACCGACAUCAGUACCCACAGAACUUCAAAGAUAUCCGAUAUCAAAAUGACUUGAGCAACCUUCGCUUUUAUAAGAAUAAAAUUCCAUUUAAGCCAGAUGGUGUUUACAUUGAAGAGGUCCUAAAUAAAUGGAAAGGAGACUAUGAAAAACUGGAACACAACCACACUUACAUUCAAUGGCUUUUCCCCCUGAGAGAACAAGGCUUGAACUUUUAUGCUAAAGAAUUAACUACAUAUGAAAUUGAGGAAUUUAAAAAAACAAAAGAAGCCAUCAGAAGAUUCCUCUUGGCUUAUAAAAUGAUGCUCGAAUUUUUUGGGAUAAAGCUGAUUGACAAAACUGGAAAUGUUGCUCGGGCUGUAAACUGGCAAGAAAGAUUUCAACAUCUGAAUGAGUCUCAGCACAACUAUUUAAGAAUUACACGAAUUCUUAAAAGCCUUGGUGAGCUUGGAUAUGAGAGUUUUAAAUCUCCUCUCGUAAAAUUUAUUCUUCACGAGGCUCUAGUAGAAAAUACCAUCCCUAAUAUUAAGCAGAGUGCUCUGGAGUAUUUUGUUUAUACAAUCAGAGACAGAAGGGAGAGAAGGAAGCUCCUGCGAUUUGCCCAGAAACAUUACACGCCAUCAGAGAAUUUCAUCUGGGGACCGCCUAAAAAGGAAGAGCCAGAGAGAAGCAAAGCCCAGAAAAUGCCUACUCUGCCCACUUCAGGUUCGAACGGUCAAACUUCUAUACACAAGAAAUCUAAGGACUCCAAAAAUUCCUCAGUAGCAAUUCACGGAAAUAGCAAAACAGUGGAAGAAAAAAAGGGGGCUUCUAGAGAGCCGGAGGAGGAGACAGAGAAGCUGAGCUCAGAGCCCAGCAGUGAAGAUACCAAGACAAAAAACACAGAGAAAGACAGUGCUGUUGAUGAAGAAGCAAAUUCUCCACCCGAGAAAACAGUUACUGACACCGCAGGAAAAAGAGAAUGCCCAGCUUCCUCUGAAAAAGAUGGAGAGGGCGAAAACCAGAGCAAAGACUCUGAAAAUUCUGAAAAUACUGGUUGCCAUAAUGAGGGAGUGUCACAGUGAAAUGUCACAAACCCACAAACCAGUUCUGGUUAAGGGAGUCAAAAACUGCUGUCUGAUUUAUCCUGAAGAUCAGAGAUGAGGUCACGUUUAAAAUGUUGGCCGCCUGUGACUUUCGUUGUAAGCCCUUGGUUCUUGUUUUUAUUUUGGAUCACAAUGGAUUGGAUAUUUAAUGAGAAGUUUUAAGACUGGAUCAAAUAAAAGAAUAUAUUUAGGAUGUGUUUUCAAAUUCUGUAUAUAACAGUCACUUUAAAGAUAUUUUUCAAGUUAUCUAGAAACAGCCACGUAGCAUUUGGUAUUCGGCAUGCUCUCUUGAGAGAUCUAUGCAGAAACCAUGCCCCUCGUGAUGCAGUCACACUUGUCUUUUACUUGCGUUUGAAACUGGAAGAUGAGUUAGGUCUUCUCAGUUGUAUCCAGAAACCUAUCUGGACUCUUUUAUUACAGCACUUCAGUCAGGGUUCACAGUUUUGGUUUCUGCGCUGGCUGUCCUUCCCAUUUGUCUGCCGUCUUGCUCUCAUACCUCUCCCUCUUCUUGCUUGAGACACCAUCUUUGUCAUCUUCCACGAGUUUUCUAGUACGCUUUAGGACCCUCUUCUAUACCAAUGUCCAUGUGGAGCAGAGCAGAAUUUUUAAUAGUCUGAUUUCAGGAUUUUUUUGUGUUUAUAAUAAUAAAUAUUUUUAGUAUUAAGUGUUUAGAAACUAUUUCUUGUGUUUACAUUAAAAAAAAACAGAACAAUAAUAGACUUAGGUUUUUGUGGCUGUUCUAUACAAAAUUGGUGGUUGAUUUUAGAUGCAAAUCACUGAGGAAUGUUAAAAAUAUCACAAAAAUUACUCACUUUGAAAAAUGUCCCUUUGUAUUGUCAACAACAAGCAAAUCUGUCCUUUGAGCUGUUAGUGAAUUGAUGCCAUGAGGAUUAUAUUAAUGUCAUCAGUCCACAGUGUCUGUAUGUGUGUGUCUUCAUCUUUAUGUAUUAUUGAGUAUGUUCAUCUUUUGUUUGUCAUUUGAAACUAAGAACAGUUUGAAAUUAUAUAUACUUACUUUUAUUAAGUAUAGAAUUGGAUAGCAUUGGUUAAAGGGUUUAUUUUCUACAGUGUUAUUGCUAAUUAUUAUUGCAAAUCAGAAGACAAUCAAACACUGUGACAGGAAUUUCAAAACAUUCACACAAACACAGACAAAGCGAUGAACAGGAGAUGUUUUUACUUUUUUUAUUUAGCAAGGAGUCGACUGUAAAAAAAAAAAUCUCUCUGCAGCUUUUAAGAAAAGUCCUAUAUGCUUUCACACAUUUACCCCACCUUUACCCUUGGGCCACAGGAAACUUUUACUAUUUCCUCUUUUGUAGCACAUCAUAUAAACGUCUUGUUGGCUUUUUCAGCCCGCACUCUCAGUGAUGGUUCCUACAAAAUACUCCCAGCAAUUUUAUGCUUUUAGACAUAUAAAAUAUAUAUAUUGUUUUUAAAUUUACACAACAUUAGCCCAGUUACUUAUCCCUGAUUUUCUUCGUGCAUCAUAAUGGCACAAAUGUGAUACAUGUUUGUGUGUUGUAUCCCUGGAAGACAUGAAGCACUUUAUCAUUGUAGUUACUGUAAUAACCAGCUGUAGCUUGUGGCAGUUUGUGAGGUGUUAAGAUUUCGAGGUAGCAAUCUCGGUUUGGAUUCAGUUCUAUGCAAGGAAUGUAUGGACUUUGCCAGGCAGUGUUUGUAGCACCAAUCUAAAGAUCUCAGUAGACUUUUGCACAGGGUUCAGGGAUAGGAGAGGACUGCCGAGUUAGGCCGAAUUGUAGGAAUAUGGUCAAGUACGUUCAAAAUAUCUUAGUUUUGAACAUAUGGUGAAGCACUCAGACCACUUUAAGGGUAUUUAAUAUAAAAAACAAAACAAAACAUGAGACCAGGGAACUGGAGAGAUGACUCAGUGGUCAAGAGCACUUGCUGCUGUUCCGGAGGACCAGGGUUCAGUUCCCAAAACCUGUCCUUGGUGGUUCUCAGCUGCAGCUACUCCCAGGGGAUCCUAGCUCUGACUUCGGGGCAAAGGGUGGAGCUCCUUGCAUGCGGUGAUCCAUACAGUCAAGCACACUCAUACGAAUAAGUAAGUUCUCUUUAAAUAAAUAUGGGGUCAGAUACUAAAAACACUUUUAAAAACAGGCCACCAGAUGCUAAAGUCAAUAUAAUCUAAAUCAAUGUAAUUAUGGCGUAACCAAACCCUUAGAAAUAAAAGCAUUUAAUAAUUUAGGUUCUAGAACGUUAUUCUUUAUCAAUGAUCCUGUUAGAUUGCGCUACUUAAUUUGAGAAUAUUUGGUCUCAAGAGGAGAACGCCCUGGCUUCCAUCUAAAAUAGUGGCCUUUUCUCGUGGCGGUUAUUUAAACUGCAUAUUAAUAAAGUUUCCUACAUUUAAUCUGUAAAUAGCAGAGAAAAUAACUCAGUGAAGAACAAGUUGGAGGAAGUCAUUCCUUUUGCUGAUAAAAAUUGAGCAUCUCAAAUUUUUUUCUAUUAAGAGCACUUUGUACAUUUAAUAGUUUUUUAACGUAGGAUCUAUAGAUUGUGUAUUUAUGUGUGUGCUAGAUAUCCCUCUGAAACUGACUUCUACGUUCUGUGUUUUCCAAACUACCAUACGCUUACAGAAAUUUGCUGGGAAGCUGUUCCAGAAAAUGCCGUGCAGCAUGGCCAAGUAGCUAGAUGCAUUGCUGAACAUCCACAGGUCUUAGAUGGUCUUUUUUGUUCCCUGGGCUGCAAGGGUGCUACUUAUGGGCUAUUGAUAAACUUAUAUUUCACAAGAAAUAGAUGCUAUAUUGCUUGAUUCGCUUCGUGCAUUGAUAAUAUUUUUUGCUUUCAUAUUUUAGAGGAGAAAAUAUAUGUGAAGAUAUUUUGAAAUACUGCAAAGUGAUAAAUAGUUAUAUAUUUCUGUAUGGUGGAGAUGUUUCUGACCUAAGAUUAUUGCAUCAUUUUGCAUUUUCAAGCUCAUUCUCACAGGAAAUUCUAAGUAAUCAUGAUGGACUUGAAAAAUCUAUCUGAUAGUUGUCAAGUUCUAAAAUCACAUUGCAUAGUUUUAUUUUGCUUUAGGUUUUGAGAAUAUAUUUUUCAGCUUAAAGGAAAGAAGAUCUAUAACUCAGGAGUUCCUAAGAGAGUUUUAAGAUUUUGUUUGUUAAGUGUUACAUAUAUAAAUAUAUGAAGAUGUAAUAAAAACCUGUCACAGCCUUGACACUUUGUACCAUGCCCUCCUGAUUUUCAUAAUUUACUAGGAAUGAAGGUAGGAUGGGGUGAGAAGGAAAAAAAAUACAAUGAGGUAGUUCUUAAAAAAUCAUUUUGGUAAAUAAACCUACAUGCCAAAAGGUUUUUUAAAAUGAAGUGUUUAAAUGAACAAGGAAUAUUUGUUUGUUUUAAGGUCAAACUUUUGCAUUUAUGAUAAAGUGAUUUAGUGAGGCAAUUUAAAACUAUUCUUCAGGCUCCUCUAAAAUCUGUAUUUUGUAACACAGAAAAAAGCAUUUUAAAAUCUUAAUUAUAAUUACACCCGCAGGCCUUUAAUGACUGUUUAGAGCAAGAUUCCCUUGUUGCAGGAGAAUUGGGGAAUAGUUGUUUAGUUGCUUUAGAAUAGUUUUCCUUUUCCUUUCUCUCUCUCUCUCUGUGUGUGUGUGAUAAUCUGAACAUUUACAUACUGGAAUCAAGGGAGGGGUAGUUUUAGAGGAAGAUGGCUGGAGUUAGUGUUAACCUAGAAACCUAGCAAUGUCUGUUACUCACUUCUUUCAACACUGAGUUCAUACUGGUUAUUGCAGGAAGAGAUUCGUGUGGGAAAACUCUAGGGUGACAGUGAAUACUAACAUGCAUCCCCCAUGUUAACGUGAGCCAACCUGCCCAGCAGAUUGUCAUUCAGAAGUUUACUAUCCCACUGUAAACUCUUGCCACGAGGAACCAUGAGCACCCAUUCUUAAAGUGUUUUCACCACGAUAUUCAACAGGAGGAGCAAAGCUUCACCUGUCUUGUGUUGUUUUCAUGUUUCUCAUUUCUGUUACUUGCUGGCUCAUUUAAACAUCCUUUGGGUACUGCAAGUUAUAGUGAUCUGUCUUACUUUCUGCUCUUGUGUUCAGAUGGCUGCAUUAAAUGGAAUGUUACUGGAGACAUCAUUAAAAUCUUCAUUCUAGUAGACUGAAGGAAUCUGAAAUUCGUUUGGAAAACUUUCAUGUUAUUUUCUUAGUAGAGACAUGUUUUAAAAGGCUUGUUCUUGCUUUCCCUCUAGAUUAAAGAAAGUAAUCAGUGUUGUCUGCUUUUACAAAUUCUGUUGUGAAAUUUAUUGUUUUGUUCAUUUGUGGAAAACGAUUUCUUGGUUGGUUUUUUUUUCUCCUUUGAAUUAAAGUUUUCAUGUGGAAAA